AUGAGAAGCGAUGGUGUGUUCAAGUUGGUGCUGGCCGUAUCCAUUGCUGCAAUCUUUGCACUGUUCCAAGUUGGAGCCAACCAUUUGUUCAAGGAAAGCGAUUCAGAGUCGAGUCACUUCGUCAGAGAGUCGCAGAUACGCAAAUUGCAUAAUCAGGACGCUAGUCUGAAUAUACCUUUCCUUGACAAGAUAAGCAAAUAUUGGUACGUUGGUGGAGAAACAGAGAUACGAAAUGCGGGGUCAAUCAGACUGACGAGAGCUGGUGGAACUGAUCAAUAUGGGUUGAUCCUGUCAAAUGGGAUGGGGGAUAACACUAUAGACAACUUUGAAACCAUUGUUACUCUUAAGAUAUCACCCAAGGAGGGUAGUAAGCCCAGGGCACUCAUGGGAGAUGGUGUAGCGGUUGUGGUCACUGCAGAGAAGGAUUUCCUGAGACAGGACUUGACGUCUUCAUAUGCUCGAAAACAAUAUGAGAUUAACUCUGGUGGGGUUAUGGUUGGUGAUACUAGUAUGAUGGGUCUACCGUUAAACUUACCAGGUAUGGCUGUGAUCAUAGACACAUUCAAAAACCAGGGAAGAACUAGGGUCGCAGUGCCCUUCCUGGACGUGAUACUAAACACAUCACCUAAAACACAAGCAUAUGAUUUAGAAUCCGAUGGGGCAAGAACCACAGCAUUGAAACUAAAUCAGGGGAAGAUAAAACUUAAAAAGUCCCUAAUGCAAGGAGACACAACCAAGUUACGCUUGAUAUACUUGGAGAGUGAGAAUUUUCUUAAGAUUGAUAUCCAGUAUGCAGAAGAAGGUGAUUACUGGAUUGAGCUUUUCCAAACACAUUUAAAAGAGCCGCUGCCCAGGAAUGACGAAACCAACCAGCGGUACAUCGGAAUCAGUGCCCUUACAGGCGAAUUAUCACAGACAGUUGACAUUUUGAGCGUCGAAACUAAUGAAUUCCAUUUAAAAGACAAGGACGAUACGUCGAACGAUUUUGCAAAAGAGAUCGAACUAUACUUUAUCCAGGAGUAUAACGAAAAGAUAGCAUUAGAGGAGGACAGCGAACAAAGAUGGAAGAUGUCCAAAUCACAACCUAGAUACGAGGUGAACGAGAUAAACGAGAUGCCCGCGAAGAAGCAAGUGCAUGGGAAGAGUCAAUUUUUGAAAAAUUUCAUUGUAUUCUUCAUCAUAAUCACCACCCUAUACCUGGCCUCUGUCUACGUAAGGGUCAGCAUGAAACAUGUCAUUAGUUCAAAACGGCACAGAUCCAAAUCCGUGGGACUUUUACCGCAUUAA